AUUGGGUAAGUGCUUCGGACGCGUCGCACGAAACCAUUUCCAGUUCCUUGCGCAAAUGCAACAAUCCCAUUUUGUGCAUUUUGUUCUUUUGCCUCCACACAACCGAACAAAACUCCAAAAUCCUCCACCCAACAGCAUCCCACCUCCAGGCUCCCCUCCAAGAUUCUUCGGCUUCCGCUAGAACUCCACUCGCCAUCCUCUGAUGUCUCCGUCCUCGCCGAUGCAGCUAUAAUUCAGCUCCCUUCAGUUUCGUUCGCUCGCGCAGUCCUCCCUCGAUUCUGGGAUUGUGGCGUUGGGGAGUGUCGGCGUCGGCGAGUGACAGAGAUGUCGAGUUCCAUCGUGCUGUCGAACCCGAUUUCGCACAAGACGCCUCCUUUCCGCUCCGCCCCUCGUCUGCUUCCCAAAACAAGCCGACCCACCAGCUCAAGAUUCCUCCUCGCCCCGCCGGCUCCGUCGAAAGUGUCCCGACUUUCCCGGGAAGUUUUUGUUCGGACUUCUAUCCGGGACAACGACGCGAAGGAGACUUCUUCUUCUUCUUCGGGCUUGCCUUUGGUUGGGGAGGACUCGGCGGUGUUCGAAAUGGAAGCGCAGAAGAUCGUCUCGUGGGUGUACUUCUCGGUGAUUCUGGGAGUUGUUCUGUUCAUUCUGAAGGUGGCCUGGCUUGAUGAGUCUCCUUCAGGGUUGGGACUUGGCAAGGCCUUCAUCGACUCUGUUUCUGGGCUCUCGGAUAGCCCCGAGGUUGUAAUGCUAUUGCUCACUAUCAUUUUUGCCGUGGUGCAUAGCGGAUUGGCUAGUCUAAGGGAUGCUGGAGAAAAAGUCAUAGGUGAGCGGGCUUACCGGGUGUUGUUUGCAGGCACAUCUCUUCCCUUGGCUGUUAGCACUGUGGUUUACUUCAUCAAUCAUAGAUACGAUGGAGUACAGUUAUGGCAGCUCCAGGGUGCUCCUGGAGUACAUCAACUUGUGUGGCUCACAAAUUUUGUCUCCUUUUUCUUCCUCUAUCCUUCUACCUUUAACCUACUAGAGGUGGCAGCGGUUGAUAAACCCAAGAUGCAUCUUUGGGAGACAGGAAUCAUGCGAAUCACCAGGCACCCACAGAUGGUUGGGCAGGUCAUGUGGUGCCUGGCUCACACGUUAUGGAUCGGCAACUCCGUCACCUUGGCCGCAUCGGCCGGCUUAAUCGGACAUCAUCUCUUUGGUGCUUGGAACGGAGAUAGAAGACUAGCCAUCAGAUACGGAGAGGCUUUCGAUGCUGUGAAGAGCCGGACAAGCACCGUUCCAUUCGCGGCAAUUAUUGAAGGCCGUCAGAAGUUGCCGAAAGAUUACUACAAGGAGUUCCUCCGAUUGCCAUACCUAUCGAUUACGGCAUUGACUUUGUUUGCCUAUUUUGCGCACCCCCUAAUGCAAGCAGGAAGCUUUGGACUGCAUUGGUAGCAUGAACUGUACUUAUCAUCUGGAGAGCCAAUGUUGUACAUAUCGGUUGCCUUUGUCCAAGGGUGGAAUGAACACAUUGCCAGGAAGCGGAUCCCUCAAAAGAUAACAAAUCCAAAAGAAGAUAGUUUUUUACUGUGACAGAAAAAACAGGAGUAAGAGAAUGUGAUGAUUUGUUCGAGCAGAUUAGGUCAUGUGCAAUGAUAAUAGAGAUCGAUUUGCAUGCAGUAUGAUUUACAUCAGAUGCUAAAAAUUUCGCUCGUCUAUUCUGUCGUGCUUGCAAGUUGAUUUUUCUCACGAUUCAAUGAUCAUUUAUUGUGAGGUUUUCCGAAUGAAGAUGUAUUUUUUUA